AUGAUUCAGAAAAGCACCUGGUGGCGUUGCCAUGCUAAGAUAUUGCCUGUUGCUGCCCCUGAAGGCCUUGAUUGGCAGUUGUACCUCCAGGAGGCAGCGUGUCACCAGGCAGCAGAGAGGGAGAGAGAGGCCAAGGCCCUGGAGAAGCUGUCUAAAGAAGAGUAUCUAAAGAUGAUGCUGGAGGAGAGUGGCCCAGGGGAGGACGGAUGCAGGAAGAUGUCUGCGACGGGCAGCCUAUCACCACGGCGCUCCCUGUACCGUACCCUAUCAGACGAGAGUGUGUGUAGCAGCAACAGGAGGGGCUCGUCCUACGCCUCCUCCCAUAGUUCCAUGCUGGACCAGGCGCUGCCCAAUGACAUCCUGUUCUCCACCACUCCACCGUAUCACGCCACCCUGCCACCGCGCAUGCCGGGACAGGGGGGAUCUAACCUCAGGAAUGAGUUCUGGUUCUCUGAUGGCUCGCUGGCUGACAGGUCAAAGUUCAACGACCCUGGUCUCAUGCCCCUUCCUGACCCCGCCUCCGGACUCGACUGGUCACACCUGGUGGACGCUGCACGCACUUUUGAAGGUAAGAACCAGGGGAGUGUGUGUGCAUUAGCGUCUAUGUGAUCGUGAGCAUGUGUGUUGCUGCCACUGUUUGAUAUUGUAACUGUUUUGUGUUAGUCGUUUUCCUCUCUCCAUCCCACUACACUUCCAAUCUGCUGCUUUGUGUUAGUUGUUCUCCUCUCUCCUUCCCACUACCCUUCCAAUCUGCUGCUUUGUGUUAGUCGUUCUCCUCUCUCCUUCCCACUACACUUCCAAUCUGCUGCUUUGU